UGACCUCUACCUCCUCAUCUCACUAUCCCUCGGCGAAUUCUUGUGCUUAGCGAACCAACGCUUGGCACAAUCUAUAGUCCAGUAGCUCCGGUAGCAUCUGGAUCAACAAGCAAUGCUCCUCUGGUGCUAACUCCUUCUCGCGAUCGAACUCCAUCUCACUACAACAAACGAUAUCUACCAUGGCCAGCGUAUCACAUACCCAUUCCCACGGGGAUCUGCACGAUGAUGAUUCAAUUCUUGAUGAUGAUGUUAUUGAAGCUGAUGAUGCCAUCGACGCUGAUGACCCAUUACACGAUACCGAUACCACUCCCUUAAGAGGCAAUAUUCAGCCCGAGGCUUCGAGUUCCCGAGGAGGAAAUCUUUCCGGCAAUUACCUGACCUCUUCAAUCCCUGGCGAAGACCGCCGCGCCGCUCAGAACACCAUCGAUGAAACGGUAUGGGAAACGGUGUCGCGUGAUCUACUGGCAGUCUGGGAGAAGAUGCGCCAGGUUUUGUGGCCCAAAUACCUGAUGGGUGGGAUGCUGCAGCGUGGUGGAGGAGGUAUUGGUGGUGCGGCCGAACGAGGAGAGGCCACUGGGUUUGGUAGUGGUGGUGGUCUGAGGAAUCUCGUGGGCCGCUGGCCGGACGCCGAUACUGUCUUACAAGGCGGAAUGAGUGAAGGUCUGCGUGACUGGGAUCUUUGGGGUCCGCUCAUUUUCUGCUUACUAUUGAGCUUUUUCCUGGCAAUGCGCGCAAAGGGAGAUCAGUCAGACCUGGUCUUCUCCGGUGUAUUCUGUAUCGUGUGGAUUGGGGAAGCGGUCGUGACUUUGCAGAUUAAGCUGCUGGGUGGGAAUAUAUCCUUUUUCCAGUCUGUCUGCAUCAUCGGCUAUACGCUCUUCCCUCUUGUCAUCGCUGCCCUUCUUAGUGCGCUUGGCCUGCCGACUAUUGCGCGGAUACCGGUAUAUCUUGUAUUGAUCGCAUGGUCUUUGGCGGCGGGUAUCAGCAUUCUUGGUGGAUCCGGAGUGCUCAAGAAUCGGGUUGGUAUCGCAGUAUACCCACUGUUUGUUUUCUACAUUGCGAUCGGUUGCCUCUGCUUUAUCAAUGAUGCUCGCGUGGACCCAAUGGACACUAAAGCCACUGCGGAUGAUUCUCAAGCGUCCGAUAACGACAACGCUGAGCGCCCUGUUCGCCACAAACUAAAGGAGACAUCCAUCACCUCGGCCCCGAACACUUCAACAGCCGGCACCUCCACUGAACAACAACAGGACAGCGAAAAUAGCCGCUCGAGCAGCAGGGGUAGGAAGCGAUCAUUCGACGAGGACCAGCCCGAGAAUCUAGACGAGGAAAACGGCCAUAGACGGAAGAGGUCACGCGACUCUAAGGCUGAUGAGGAUGAAGACAUUACUUCGUCAAAUGCGCCCGAGGUUGAGGGAGAGCAGACACAAACCACGAACAUUGCCAGAAAGAUCCUGAGCCCAAAGAAGAAGAGAAGCCGAGACCAACUGGAUAAGGAUGAGCCGAAAGCCGAAAGCACCGUCGAUGACAGUAAGGCUCCCGCAGAAAAUGGCGCCUCCGAGACGACUGCGGGGGAGCCUGAGAAGAAGCGACACAGGGACGCUUCCCAAGAAAGAGGAUCGGCCCCUCUGAAGAGCGCAUUUGCAAACACGUCUGCCGUUUCGCCUUUCGGCUCGCUUGGUGCCUCGAAGCCCAAGGAAGAAACCUCGAAGCCGGCUGCCACAUCCUCAUCUGCAUUCGCUGCUUCAAGCCUGGCCGCUUUUGCUAGCUCAGAACAGUCACCUUUCGGCGCCAUAGGAGGUUCUAACACAUCUGUCUUUAAGUCAGCAACUACUACUGAAGCUACCAAACCAGCUGCUACCGGAUUCGCAAGCGCCGCUGGCACCUCCGGGUUUGCAUCUCUGGGUUCCGGAUUCUCAGGGUUCAGCGGUGGAUUUGGGGCUGCCGGCUCGAAGGGCGGUCUCACUAGCUUCGCUGCACCAGCGGGGGCCGGUAUUCUCGGAAGUUCUAGCAAGGGUAAGCCGUUUGGAGCAGAAGAGGAUGAAGAAGCAGAAGAAGAAGAAAAAGAAAAGGAUAAGGAUCAAGAAGCCGAUACUGCGCCUGGAGAAUUUGAGCAGGAGAAGACAGAUGAAAGAUUCUUUGAACGUCCGAUCGAGACAGGAGAGGAGGAAGAGAAAACCUACUUCUCAAGCAAGGCAAAGCUCUUCCAGUUCUCAAAUGGAGAAUGGAAGGAGCGUGGAAUUGGCACCUUCAAAGUUAAUGUCAAGGUUACCGAUGGUAAAGAGGACAAGAAGGCUACUCGCUUGAUCAUGCGCGCGGACGGUGUUCUACGCGUAAUGCUAAACACGCCCAUUUUCAAGGGCAUGAAGGUUGGCGAUGCGUCAGGCAACGAACCCAAAUCCAAGCAGAUUCACCUAGCGAGUCUGGAAGAAGGUCGAUCGGUCCCUACCUUACUGAGGAUGCCAAGCGAGGAUUCUGCCAAGGAGCUCUAUCGCAUUGUCUGUGACCUACUGGAGCAUCAGUAA